AUGCUAAACUUAACUCCCGUUGAAUUAAUUGACUUUUCGUUGCUUUCAAACCGGUGUCGUCUUGUUGUCAAAUCUGCAGUUCGACGUGAUUCAUUCGAACUAUGGGUUCGCUUUUUGAAAGUCCCACGAGUAGAGAUAUCCACGGAUGAAGAACACUAUGAUUUGGUGGAACCGUAUUUGAAUAGGACCUUCCAAUAUCUUGACUCCGCCAUAACACUUGAAAAGUAUUUCGAGAAAUACGAAUUAGUGAAUGUUACUUGGGCUCAAGUAUGGACAGACUAUAUUUCUGUUGUAGAAUGGCUAAAGAAUCGCCAAUUGUCAAUACCCGAACUGUCUUUGGAGGGUUCCAAUAUCAGUAGUGAGGAUCUUUCUUUAGUUUUUAGUGAGCUUGAGAUCACAAACUCAUUGGAUUUAUCAUUGCUACAAAAGUACGAAGUCAGACCGGAUGAAUUCAAGUUCAACAUGAACUUCGUCGCUAUCGAAGGAUAUCUUCCUCCACUGAAAUGGGUUACCUUAGACAGUAUACUUGCUUCUAAUUGCGUACACUUCUAUCUUGGUUGUUCGGAAUUCACAGAUUUUGAGUUGAAUCGGUUUUUAAAAGAAUGGGUGAAUGGAUCAAACAGCAGGAUGAAAUGUUUCUCAGUUGGAACGAAACAAGUAAAUCGAGAGGCGUUAACUGAUGGUUUGUCUGUUGAAGGGAGAGAUGCAUCUGUGGUGAGAACCUACGAGAACGAUCACAUGCAUUGCCCACUUCAAAUGAGAGGCGGAACAGACAUUCGAAACUGUAAUGAAAGAUUGGGAACAUUCAGAAUAGAAGAAGGACGUGGCGAUUUUAAAACUUUUACUAUGAUUGUGUGGGAAUAA